AUGAUGACUACAAAAUUAUCGCCAAAACAAUUGUUGCUACAAUUAUCCGAAAAGUUGUCUUCAAGUAACGGGCGCGACCAACUAACUUAUGAUGAAUUUGCUCAAUUAUAUUACAAAGUUUUAACAAUAUUAUCUAAUCAUGGUGAUACUAAUAAAGUGGCUGACGAUGAGAACAAUAAGUCGUCAAUUGAUUUGAUCACUCCAUUGUUAAAUUUUAUAAAUUUAAAUGUCAAUUAUGGACAAAAAGACACCACUGAGUUAAUAUACAUUUUAGCCCGAUUAAUUUGGUAUUAUCUUCAUUACCAGUCGUUGUUGAACGUGGAUGUUUUGUUAUCAGUAUUUACUUCUUUACCGUAUACUCAGUUUUGUCAAACAAAUCACAUUCUUCAAUCUGAUACCAUUUUAAACUAUGUUGAUUAUUUUAUGCUAUUCAGCUUUGACAAUGACAUCAGUAAUAAAACAAAUGAAUAUUUGAAACUCUAUACUGGUUUUAUUGUGUUUAUUAAUAGGUUUAUUAUCCAAUUCCAAUCUAUUGUUGAAAAUUGGUACAAUAAUGAUAUGAAAAAUGUCAACAAAUUAUUAUUGUUAAUGAAUGAAUACCCUGAUGGUAAAAUUUGGAUUAGUUUAUUGUUCAAAAUUUGGCAAAAUAAACUAAAUCAACCUACAACCACUAUCAAAAUAAUGGAAUAUCUUAAACUGACAGACUCAACUUUGAUUUCAUAUUAUUUCCAAAAAAAUUUACCCGAUUCUAAUGAUUUACAAGAAUUAAACCUUGAUAGCAGUCUCAAAUUUAUUUUACAAAUAUUAGAUCAUUAUCAAAUGACUGAUAAUAAUUUUGUGAUUCCUUGGUUAUUUAAUUAUAAGUUUAUCAACAAAUUACAAUCAUGUAUUGGUAUCAUUCAAAAUUCAACUAAAUUUGACAUCAUAACCAAGUUUAAUCUAUUAAAUUGCAAAGUAUCAUUUAUCAUGAGUUUGAAUUAUUUGAACUUUAUAAUUACACAACAGAUUCUACAAAACAAGUUUAAUGAUAAAUUGCCUGAUUGUGCUGUUCAACAUUUUAAAUCGUUUCAAUUACCUCCUUUAUCUAAAUCAAAUGAUUUUGUCAUCAAAAAUGAAAACAACGAUAUUAAUAAGCCACCACAAUUGGCUUCAUUAGAUAAAAUUUUUACAAUGAUUGAACAGAAUAAUUGCUAUCAAAGUUUGAUUAUGAUUCAAUUUCAAAUAUUGGUUUCGAUUAACAAAUUGAUGCUUGAUGAAUGUAAAUCAAUUGAAUAUAUCAACAAUCAACAGCUUGUUAGUAUUGCUGAUAAGACGGAAAACAUUGAUCAAAAAUCAUUAUCAUAUUUAUUACAAGAGAAAAUUGUCUUAUCCUAUCUUGAAUUAUCUAUGGUCAGUUUGAUCAGCCCAUUGUUGAUGAUUAAUAGAUUUAAUCAAAAAGCUUCAACUUCUUCGUCAACAAAUAAUGAAACCCAAUUGGUUAAACAUUUCCAUUCAAACUUGAUUUUCCAGAUCUUUAAUAAAAUUUUAAAUUUAAAUUAUAAAUCAUUACCCAAGAAUAAAAUUUGGAUUUGUUUAAUCAAUAUAAUCAAUGAUAUUUGUUAUACAGAUUUACGUUAUAUUGAAUUGUUCAUUGAGUUAUUUGAAUAUCAAUUAUCCCAUCAAAUCAACACCCAUAACAACAAACAAAGCAAUACAGAUAAAGAAAAGACAGAUUAUUUAAAAGAUGAUUUAAUCAAUAGUGGUUUGAAAUUUUUUAUUGAAACUUUCAAACCAAAUCAUACAUGGAAUGUUGCGUCUAGUGACAAGUCCAGCGAUCAAGAUAGUAGAUCAAACCAACAUCAACAACAGGGGCACGCAGAGGGUGGAAACACUCAGUUAUACCAAAUAAACCUUGAUGAUUACAAAUUUCUUUAUACUGGGGAUAAUUAUAAUAGGUUUAGCACGUCUAAUGUUUAUCCCAUUCACAAUAAUUUCACCAAUACUAAUUCAAUGCGAAGCAAGUAG